GUUUGAAAUGACUAUGAGAUAAUUAUGUCUCAUGUUUACAAAACGCAGAGUAAGUGGAAAGAAAAAACGUGUGUGUGUGUGUGUGUGUUAACACGUGUGUUAGUAACGCUGCUCUUCUUCCCCAGCAGGCGUCGAACUGCCAACUCUUUCAGCACUUCACCUGAGAACACUGAGGCCCCAACAGGAGGCUGCGCUGAGGUCCGCGUCCCCUCCACCGCCCUGCACGUCUUCGACGCUCAUGACGGAGAGGUGAACGCCGUGAAGUUCAGCCCCGGUUCUCGUCUCUUAGCAACAGGAGGGAUGGACCGCAGGGUGAAGCUGUGGGAGGUGGUUGCCGGUCGCUGUGAGCCUAAAGGAGCUCUGACUGGCAGUAAUGCUGGAAUCACCAGCAUCGAGUUCGACAGCGCUGGCUCGUACCUGCUGGCGGCAUCAAAUGAUUUUGCCAGUCGGAUCUGGACUGUGGAGGACUACAGACUGAGGGUGAGUCUUUGAGUCUCUAAGUCUCUGAGUCUGUCAGUCGUUCAAUCUGUCUUUGUCUCCAGGUGAAUCACACCUCAGUGUACUUGAUCAAACAUAUUUUACCUUUUGUCUGUCUCACUGGUCAGCCUGGCAGCAACUCAGUGGCGCUCGUUCUCAGGUCGUCCUGCCGGUAGCUCAGUGUUGCUCGUUCUCAGGUCGUCCUGCCGCUGGCACAGUGGCACUCAUUCUCAGGUCAUCUUGCCGCCGGCUCAGUGGCCCUCGUUCUCAGGUUGUCCUGCCACCGGCUCAGUGGCGCUCGUUCUCA